AUGGGUCAAAUUUUCAGCGCGUUGAUGUCGUACUUCUCCGCGAAUCAAGAAAAAGAGUACAAAAUAGUCAUCGUCGGUUUAGACAACGCGGGAAAGACGACGACUUUAUAUAAACUACACCUGGGGGAAGUCGUGCAAACGCAACCGACGAUUGGAUCGAACGUCGAGGCGGUGGUGCACGAGAACGUCUCGUUUGAAGUUUGGGAUUUAGGCGGCCAAUCGAGUUUACGAAACGCUUGGCAGAGUUAUUAUAAGAGUUCGGACGCGAUGGUGUUGAUGGUGGACAGCACCGAUCGAGGGAGAAUGAAUUUAUCGAAGCAGGAGUUGUUUAAAAUGCUCGACGCGGAGGAGGUGAAGAAUAAUCCAAAGUGUUGCGUGUUAGUGUUUGCGAAUAAGCAAGACUUACCGGACGCCAUGACGGUGGUUGAGUUAACCGAGACGCUCGGUUUAGAUACGAUUGCGAAUAGAGAUUGGCACGUCCAAGCGUGCUGCGCGUUGAGUGGGAUGGGAUUGAACGAAGGAUUGAGCUGGAUCGCCGCAAAAGUUACCGGAGGAGGCGCGGAUGGUAUUUCCACCUUUAUGGGCGGAAGAUGA